AUGUCUUCGUGUUCGCUGGAUGCGCAAUCACAGCUAUAUCAGCCACUAAGAUGCUUCAAAAUGAUUACCGCCCGUGUUAUUCACAGAGCUCUCCUUGGUUCUCGGACGGAGAGACUCAUCGAAAGCGUCAAACCUGUCGAAGCUUGCUUCGAGUGGACCGAUCAGGCCUGA